AUGGAUGAAAAGAUAGAUGAUAAAAAAAGAGAAAGUAACUACAAAUUUUUAAACUCUGAUGAAAUAAACAAUUUAGAGUAUAUUUUUAAUAAAAUAAAAAAAAAUAAAAAUGAAAAUGUACCUAUACAAAAUAUAGAAAAAUUCCUUCUUAAAAAUCAUAAUGAAGAAUUAUGUGAUGAUCUAGUUAGCUAUUUUCACAUAUAUGGUAGUACAGUAACGCUAGACGAUUUUAUAAGUCAUUUAAAUUGUGAUAUUAAUGAAUUUAAAUCAAAAGAAAAAAUUAAAAAUUUAUUUGAAAUACUUGAUGAAAAUAAAAAGGGAUUUAUAACAUCGAAAGAUUUUAUUAAUGCAGCUAAAGAAUUUGACAACGAAUUUAAGGAGGAUAUAUUAAAAAAUAUAUUCAAAAUUAUAGACUUGAAUAAUAAUAAUAAAAUAAUUUUUGAUGAAUUUAAAAAUGCUAUAUGGAAUAUUUAG